GAUAGCUUUCAAUUUGGAAGUAUAUUCGGAUAUUUCGGAACACAAUUAAGGCCGCCUAUUACAAAGUUCGUUGAGCGACAGGCAGAUCGGGGAUCUGUAGAGGAUUUGGUUCUUUCAAAGAUGCGAUAUAACCAUUUGCCAUGCGUUGUGAUUCUGUUCGUUUUAUUUGUUUUGGGUUUAGCCGUUGGCGGCUACUUCACGUACAUGCACCCCAAACAGAUACAUCUUGUGAGCUGCUAUCUGGAGGGUGGAUCCUGCCUGGAGGUGUGGAACUGCGAGGAGAAGUUCCUGAGUCGCCAUCGAACCACGUGCAUCAACAAGCGGAAAGUUUGCUGCAUGCCCUCGAUCCAGGUAAAAAAUCAGGCGGAUGAAUUGGUCUAUAUCGAGUGACGGUCUCUCGGAUCCGGAACUUUCGACAUCUAGAGCUAACUAGCCUGGUCUGGUACACCGAUUUCUAUUGCAACUCAUACCUUGUAUUAAAUGCAUCAUUUCGUAGGACAUUUAAAUCACUGGAAAAUCAACAGAACUUAUUAUUGCGGAAAUGGGGAUUUCUAAAUUUUCUGUAAUUUACUGAAAAUGUAUUAUUCAUUUAAUUGUCCGAUAGGCGCUCAAAAUUAUUUAUUCCACUUCAAUUGCACAAACUUAUUAUAAAUUUUUAA